AGAUGAAGAGGAUGAUCUGGUUCUUUUUCCUUACAAUUGUCCCUGGAAUUCAGGGACAGAUUGACAUGAAUGGCAAAGCGUUCUCCUUCUACAAGAGGCGCGUCGACCAUGUGCGGCUUAUUCCGGCAACAAAACACUUCACCGCUUUUACUCUAUGCCUAAAAUCCUGCAAAAGCCUGACGGAGCAGACAUUGGUUGUAGCGGUUCCCAACUCCGAAGACAGCGCCACCCGAUUUCUCGUGACUGCUUCUCAAGACAAAUUGUACAUUAAAUAUAAAAACCAAUAUAAACAAUUCAGUUUUGCCGACUCUAAAACUUGGGUCGACAUCUGUGUGACAUUUAAUUUUCGAACCGGAAAGUUUGUGUUGUUGCUGGAUGGAAAGGAACAUGAGAUUUUAAUGCUAGGGGGCAGCAAACAAAGUGCUUUUCAUGCACAGGAUAUCAUCAUUGGGCAGAAGACAGUCAAGCUGAGAACAGAUGUGGCUGAGAUAACAAACGUUAACAUCUGGAGUUCGGCACUGACCGCAAGGGACCUACAGAGAUUCAUGAAGCAAUCAAGAGGGGGCGAUAUCAUUGGCUGGCGCUCAUUAGUUUUCAGAUCCGACCAUGCUGUCACCAUAGAGCAACCAAGAUGUUCGACAAAGGCCAAGUUGUCAAUUAUUUUCCCACCCAAAUAAAAAAAUUUUUGUAAAAUUAAUUAAAUAUUGAUGAGCUAUCUUUGGGAUCGCUCAUUUAUAGAAGGUGGGGGCCUAAAUCCUGCCACCGAUCAGCUGUUGGAAAGGAAGGACACUACGGCUUCUUCUUUGGGCCACAUCCACCAUUUACAUGGUCCUUUACACAGCUCAGUGCCCAAGAGAAUGGGACUGAGCUGAAAUACCAAGCACGGCCACUAUAUAAUAGAUGGCGCUGUGCUUGGUAAAGUAUGAAGAGGCCACUUCAAGCAGCUGAUCAGUGAGAAUGCAGGAGUUGGACCUCCACCAAUCUGAAGAUCUUCUCUGAGGAUACGGCAUCAGUAUUUAAUUCUGAGAACACCCCUUUAAUUUUCUGCUCUCUCUACCUUUACUUGUAAAUGCCAUAUAUUUUUCUAUGAAUGUUACAAUAAUCCAGAAUAUUUGAUUAUCUGUCAGGUCCAAUUCAGAACAGUCCUCUUUACUUUGGCAGAUCGGGCUUAUCAGCCUAUUACAUGGUCGCUCAUUCAUUUGAAUGGCCAGCAUGUAGUACCCCAUUUCCCCUGCAGUGGCCACUGCAGAGAUGUAUCUCCAGAAUAUACAGUGAUUGCUGGGGAUUUCAGAAGUACAAU